CGAAAAGGGCUUUGCUUUUAGUGGCAGAAAUCAUUCCUAGUUUUCAAGAUGUCCAAGUCAUCGCGUUGUCUCAAGCUGCCGCCAGUCAGCUCCUCUUCCGUGUCCUCGAUUUCCGGCAGCGAAGCGGGGCAAGGAUUGGAGGACAUGUUGCACGUGACCAAGGUGCUCACUUCGCAGGCGGACAAUGCAGAGCUUUUCCUGUACGGCGAUGGGCCCAAGCAAUCGAAUUCGGAUCUACAGAAGAAGGUCAGUACACCGGAUCCGGAAGAGGAGGCGCCCAUGGAUCCGCCAUUUGUGGCAAUGGUCAGCAACUUGCCAAUGGAGUGCACUGAAUCCGAGUUGCAGAAAGUGUUUGCCAGCUUUUCGAUCCGUUCUCUAACCAUUCCCAAGAAGGGAAAGCGACCCAAGGGAUUUGCUUAUGUGGAAAUGGAUUCCCGUGAGGAUCUCAUUCGUCUGCUUAAAAUGGAUAAGCUCAAGUGUCGUGGUCGUUGUCUGAUGGCCAAAAUAAGUGAAUUGCCGCCCGAACCACCAAAAAGGGGAGCUGGAGAUGGCUUUUUCACUUUUUCACGUUCAUGCAGCCAAUUUGAUAUCAACUCUUCCCAUUAUUCGGCCAGUGUCAGUGAUCUCAGUACCAUUGAUUCGCCAGUCUCGGCGCAUAAGUCACCAUUCCUUCCGGAAAGCGAGUCGUCCUUUUAUGGCAAAGAGUCGUCCUUUUACGGCAAGGACAAUCCCAUAAAAAGGGUACCAAGUAGUACAGAGGAAGUGGAACGCCGUAUGGAACUUCGUCUUCAGAAGCUGGCCGAAUUCGAGAAUGCUGAAUCGGAGAGAGUCCAGAGUGAGUGCCAGGAUGAGCAGGAUACCUUCAUGUCCUGGAGCGAUGCCCUAGACGAGAUUCGAAAAUCUGAGGAUAUUUAGUUUUGUUCACAGCAUUAUCUCAGCUGAAACCGCAUCUUAAAAAUAAAAGCAGCGUAAUUGAAUGUUCAAAAAUUCUCCUGUUCUCUGUAAUAAAUGUAAUUUAAAUGCA